AUGAAGAAAUUGUUACUUGCCUUGCUCCUAGUUUCUGUAUCAGUAUGCGAAAGCUCUGUUGAAUGCCCAGUUAUUGGUAUUGACUUGGGUACAACUUACUCAUGCGUCGGAGUGUUCAGAUAAGGACAUGUUGAGAUCAUUCCAAAUGAAUUAGGAAAUAGAAUCACACCUUCAGUUGUUUCCUUCACAGAUCAAGAGAGAUUAAUUGGAGAGGCUGCUAAAAACUAAGCUGCCACCAAUCCUAGUAGAACCCUUUAUGAUGUCAAGAGAUUGAUCGGAAGAAAAUUCUCUGAUUCUACAAUUCAAUAUGAUAGAAAGUUCUUGCCAUUUGAAAUUGUCGAUAGAGAUGGAAAACCAUACAUCUAAGUAGAGAAGGGUACAUAAUCAAAAGUAUUUGCUCCCGAAGAGGUGAGUGCAAUGGUGUUGUCAAAGAUGAAGGAAAUCGCAGAGGGUUAUUUGGGACAAAAUGUUAUCAAUGCAGUUGUGACAGUUCCAGCAUAUUUUAAUGAUGCUUAAAGACAAGCCACAAAGGAUGCAGGAAAUAUUGCAGGUUUGAAUGUAGUUAGAAUUUUGAAUGAACCAACUGCAGCAGCUAUUGCUUACGGUUUAGAUUCAAAAUAAGUUGAAUCAAACAUUUUGGUUUUUGAUUUGGGAGGUGGUACCUUUGAUGUUUCCAUUUUGACCAUUGAUAAUCAAGUGUUUGAAGUCAUCUCUACAUCAGGAGAUACACAUUUGGGAGGUGAAGAUUUCGAUCAAAGAUUGAUUGAUCACUUCAUCAAGUUGGUGUAGAAGAAGUACUCAAAGGAUGUUUCAGGAGACAAGAGAGCAAUUUGAAGGUACAAAGAGAAAGGUGAGAAAAAGCCAAGAGAAGACUCUCUGCUGCACAAGAAGCCAAAGUCGAAAUCGAAGAUUGGGUAGAAGGAUUAGACUUUAGCGAAGUUUGAACAAGAGCUAAAUUCGAAGAAUUGAACAGCGAUUUGUUUAGAAAGA